GUGACAUUCUUUAGCGUUUCUGGUGUCAAAACGACGUAUCCGGAUGCGUUUGUUUACACAACAUCGCUGUCUUGCCCUACCCGGUUGUCGAUCUUCAGAUAUGUCAGGUAUGUGGCGUUUGAGAAGACGCAGGACGGCGUCAAGCACCAGACGUAACUGUCCUCAAGCACAAACUUACCCCUGGCACUCUUCCGGCACUUCCCUAGCAAGAGGUCCAUAGCAUCUCACUUUCUAUUAAUCACCCGGGGCGCUCCCGCGAGACCGAUCUCGGGUUGUCGGUUCUGACAAUUAAAGCCGUUUUCACCUGAAUUGACCAGUCGCCUACUCUGAGACCUUCUGCAAUGUUCGAGGCCUUCAGAGUCAGGGGGCCGGGUUUCAAUGUCAUUGUUCAUGACCACGAUCCGGGUCAGGGCUCUUGCUGAGGAUCGCCGAACAAAGAGCCAGAUUACCUCACGGGCCGCUGUCGAAGCUUACCUGAGCUCUAUUAAAGAUGGGCACCGCUCGUUGGAUACACCACUCGAGACACCGCUUCUUCUCUAACCUCGCUUUGGAAUGGCAAGUAGCCACCAGAGCGGAAUCCUACAACACAUCUAUAGGCCUCGUGACUUGCUCUCUCAGCCAUGAGCCGCCAGCCAUCACUCCCGCCGGGCUCGUCGAUCCUAGAUCGGCUCGCCUUCCUCCCCGCCGAACUCCAAGUCCAGAUCUUCUCCGAGGUCCUCACGGUAAACAGCCCCUGCGCCCUGUCCCUCUUCGUCCCGGACUGGGGCGUCUGCUCGCACGCCGCGAGCUCCGUAAACGCCAUCUACGACCUGCAGCGGAUCGACGUCUACAUCAAAGGCGCGGCCGGCGCGAGAGGUAGGUUCGAGACCCGGGUGAGGCACGACGACAGCGACCACAUACCGCUCCCGUUGAUGGAGCAAGCCAACUCGGGCGCGCUGGUGAGGGAAUUCAAACGGAGGCUUCCUGCGGCGAUGGAGUGGGCCCUGCAGGACCUCGAGCAGCGCCGUCUCCGGACUUUCGAGCAGCUCUGGCCGAAGGGCCCGGACGAUGAGAUAGGUAGGUGCAUGGCCGGCGGGGCGUUGGUGUUCCGUGAGUGCGACGGAACGGCUCGCGGGACGAGAUACGAUGACGGUCUGGAUACCGGAGGACCAACGCCGGCAGAAGGGGCGGUGCUGCUGCGGCAUAUGAUGCUCAAUGGCGUUCCGAGGGACCCAUGGCAACAGCUCCGCCUGCGGCGGAACGCGCUCACAAAGUACAGGCUCGAGAUGAGGAUCUUUGUUGAACGAGGGCCGGAGCUGCUCGCGGUCGACUGGGCCGCCAUGACGCAGCUCGAGACGCUGUUCAUCGACCUGCGCGCCUACGGGCGAGACCGAGGCGGCGAAGACGGCAUCCGGCUCGGAGCGGCGGGGAUGGGCUGUCUUCAGCUCAGGUGCCUCGUGGUCGCGGGCUUGCGGAGCGGCGCGAGGUACGCGAGGCCUGCAGGCUGGCGGGCUUGCGACUGGGAGGCCGAUGAGACGGAGGUCGACGGCGGGGUGAACUGGGUCAAGGCGUUUCGCGGGGCCGUGCGGGAGGGUGGGAGGCUGGUGUUCGUCGACCGGCGGAUGCUGGACAUCAGCUGGGAGGCGUGGGGGAUGAGAGCGGAAAAGGAGGGGCUCCUGGCCCUGGCCAAGCCCGAGGGCGACGGCGAGGUCAAGGGCCAGAGCGAGGUUGUCGGAGAGUUUAGAGAUGCAGCGUAUCUGAGGCAUGUCGAUAGAGUGUUGAACGAAGGUAAGUAGACCAAGUAUCAAAACCCCAGCUUCGGAAUUUGUUUCGCCGGGCUUGCUGCUGGCCUCUUGAGCUUCGAGAUCUCGAGGACGCCAAGGCCUCGCUCCACAUCGUUCAUCGGACCUCCUCCUGCGGGAGACGAACAACUGGCUUCAUUCCUAUCUGUCGAAAGCUAGAAACCCGCACUCCUUCUUGCUUCCCCUCGUCCAUGCCGACCGUGUCCCUCGGCGCGCUAAUGCGAUGAGAUACGCCUUUGCUGUAAGGCUAUGUAUACGUAGAAUGCCUGACGAUGCAGCUUUCUCGACGCCAGAUGUUGCAUGCGCAGCAUCGCGACGGCAAACGCCUUUCGCGCCCCUUCCACCUGUACUACAACAUCUCAAUGCGAAGCUGGUGGGGGGAGGGUGCCCAGAUAGAUACCCCACCGGUUGCGAACUGCGACUGCGAUGGUCGACAUGGUGACGUUCCUGGCCUCCCUCCCUUCCACCCGACGAAAAACCUUGAUGACUCUGCCACCGGUCCAGCCAACUCGCCUGUCGCGAAUCCUCACAAUGUGAAGUGGAGUCUUUUGACUU